AUGGCGGCGGGCCUGUUAGGUUUGUGUGCUCGCCGCCUUUUGGCGGCAACGGCGCUGCGAGGGCUUCCCGCUGUCCGUGUCCGCUGGGAAUCUAGUGCCUCCAGAGCUAUAGUUGCUCCGCCCGCCAUGGCGAGGAAGCGGCUUCGGGAACCGGCCAUUCGCUGGCAGGAAGACCCGGAUCCCGAGGACGAAAACCUCUAUGAGAAGAACCCUGACUCCCAUGGUUAUGACAAGAAUCCUGCUGUGGACCUCUGGAACAUGCGUGUUGUCUUCUUCUUUGGCUUCUCCAUUGUCCUAGUCCUUGGCAGCACCUUUGUGGCUUACUUGCCUGACUACAGGAUGCGUGAGUGGGCCCGCAGAGAGGCUGAGAGGCUUGUGAAGUACCGAGAGGCCAAUGGCCUCCCUAUCAUGGAAUCCAAUUGCUUCGACCCCAGCAAGAUCCAGCUACCAGAGGAAGAGGACUGA